UUUAGGAGGAGUCCUUGUGGGUCUCAGAUGCGUUUAACUUUUCACCCGUCCACUGCCUUCUUUAAACUUUUGCAAGCUCUGUCACAGAACAUCACCCCCUCUCACCCGUUGUGUUCCCUAUCAGCCUCGGGCUUUCAUGUCUCAUCAUCUUUCAGGCUUCUCCCUUUUUCCUUUCUCCUUCUUAGGCCUGUGGAAACAGCUGUUUUGUGCUGAAGGAAAAAGUAGCUCAGCUGCUAAAGCUUCUAUCUGCUGGGGAAGUGCGCCCUCCCAUCCCUCAGGGGCUCUUGCAAGAGAACUCAACACCAGAAGGGCUCUGCCAGGCCCCGAGGUUGUGCUUCCAAGCACUAGCAGCCACUCCUAGUUUAUCCAAGUGGGUGCAUGCUCUUUGCAAAAGCCAGGUUUCUGAUCUGAGUCUUUAGAUUUUUCCCUUGACCUAAGCGUUACUCCUUCAUGGAUCAGUGGAUUUAGUUAUGGCUAGAGCUCAGUCCAGGACAAUGGAUUUGGAUAACCAAAGGUCAAGACUUGGUCAUAGCAGUGACCUAUUUCAUGGAGGGAUGAGCAAAGGAUUGGCCAUUCUGCCUGUUGAAUCUGAAAGCUCAGAUUUGUAGUAGAGCCUAGGGAGCAGUUUGAUUCGGUGAGUCGGAUUACUUUGGUGAGAACCAGGCAGAUUGUUUUCUCCGAGGAAUGUUUUAUCUGCUGAGUGUCCUGUUGGCCUGUACCAGUUGGUGCCUGUAGAAAGUGGGUCAUCUCCUUCCUGCUGGCUGUUAGAAUCUGUUCUGUUAAGUUGCUGUCUUGAGGGUUAUGACCUGCAACCUUGCUUUUAGCAGUAUGUAUUUGUUAAGGCCAGGAAAGGGCACCUGAGCCAGGCCUUCUGCUUAAGGCGUGUCUCACUACAUGCCAGUCCCUCUGCUUACAGAUUUUAGAUAUCUGAAACAUCACAACAGCUUCUUGGUGGUUCUCAGGAUUAAAGAGGUUUGGAGGUUGCUAUGUUCAUGCUGCUUGUCUUUGGAGCAUUGCUUCAUGAAGUUCCCCUGAGUGGCCAAGACGAGGUUCCUCCCCAGGCUGAUGGCAUUCUGGGUGCCCCUCUGUUCAACUAUGCCAGCCUCCGCCUGCCAGAAGAGCAUAUUCCCUUCUUUUUGCACAAUAAUAGGCAUAUUGCCAUGGUCUGUAAGAAAGACUCGCAUUGUCCUUAUAAGAAACACUUAGAAAAUUUAAAGUACUGCUGGGGUUAUGAGAAGUCCUGCAGACCAGAGUUCAGGUUUAGUUACCCUGUUUGCACCUACGUGGAUAUGGGAUGGACGGACACUCUUGAAUCAGCCCAGGAAAUAUUCUGGAAGCAAGCUGACUUUGGGUAUUCUGGAGAGCGGCUGGAGGAACUCCAUGUGCUCUGCCAGCCGAAGGGAAUGAAUGACUCAAGUCUAGUGUGUUCCCGUUACCUUCAGUACUGCAGAGCGACCAAUCUCUACCUUGAUUUAAGAAACAUCAAGAGAAACCACGACAGAUUUAAGGAAGAUUUUUUCCAGAGCGGGGAAAUUGGAGGACACUGUAAACUUGACAUUCGUAUGUUGAUGUCUCAAGGCCAGCGCAAAAGCCCUUUGCAGUCUUGGUUUGCUGAGCUACAAAGCUAUACUCAGCUCAACUUCAGACCAGUAGAAGAUGCUAAGUGUGACAUUGUUAUUGAGAAACCAACCUACUUCAUGAAAUUAGAUGCAGGUGUUAACAUGUAUCACCACUUCUGUGAUUUCAUCAAUCUUUAUAUUACUCAGCACAUUAAUAAUUCCUUCAGCACAGAUGUGCACGUUGUGAUGUGGGACACAAGCUCCUACGGAUAUGGUGACCUGUUCUCCGAUACAUGGAAAGCAUUUACUGAUUAUGAUGUUAUACAUUUGAAAACUUAUGAUUCCAAAAGGGUAUGUUUUAAAGAAGCUAUUUUUUCCUUACUCCCCCGGAUGAGAUACGGGCUGUUCUAUAAUACCCCUCUGAUAUCUGGCUGUCAAAAUACCGGAUUAUUCCGGGCAUUUUCUCAGCAUGUACUACACAGACUGAACAUCACACAAGAGGGUCCCAAGGAUGGAAAAAUUCGAGUCACCAUUCUCGCACGGAGCACAGAAUACCGGAAAAUCCUCAACCAAAAUGAGCUUGUAAAUGCACUGAAAACGGUAUCUACAUUUGAGGUCCAGAUUGUCGAUUAUAAGUAUAAGGAACUUGGGUUUUUAGAUCAGCUAAGGAUCACGCAUAACACGGACAUAUUUAUUGGAAUGCAUGGAGCUGGUCUUACCCAUUUACUUUUCCUUCCGGACUGGGCUGCCGUGUUUGAACUAUACAACUGUGGAGAUGAACGCUGUUACUUGGACCUGGCCAGGCUGAGAGGCGUCCACUACAUCACUUGGAGAAGGCAGAGCAAAGUCUUUCCUCAAGAUAAGGGCCACCACCCAACUCUGGGGGAACAUCCGAAGUUUACCAACUACUCUUUUGAUGUAGAAGAAUUUAUGUACCUUGUCCUUCAGGCUGCAGACCAUGUAUUGCAACACCCGAAGUGGCCAUUUAAGAAAAAACGUGAUGAGCUGUAAAUGUGUUGAGUCUUUUUGCCAAAAGGGAGUGUUUAAACGGUCCUCCGCCCAGACUCACCUCACAGUUAAAUAGGUAAAACAGCCUGUUUUCUCCUAGCCCCAAAGUACCUUUUUUUAAUACCAAAACAUGCCUUCAGGGUAUUACUUAUGUGUUUUAUAGUCUUUAACUGUUUCAUGUGAUUGUUGUGUCAUUGCUAUUUAUCAAGAUACUCUUUUUGCACUGAAAACUUUACUUUUUAUAGUUCAGAAACUGGGCCUGGGCUCACUGCCGUAAUUGAGCUUUUUUCUUAGGGAUACCAAAGUUUGCAACUUUCUUAGCUUUAGAAUUUGUAAAUGUUUUUAUAGAAUACCAUGAGCUCGUCAUUCAAGAGGCUUCCAACUUGUUAAUGAUAUAUUUGAGCAAAUUCACAACUCAUUUGU